UUGUUGUAGAUUCCUUGUAGGUUUCCUGCAGAUUUUAGCAUAAGUGUUGCAAUGGAACCGAGCUGGAGUACGUUUUUAUUCCAACAGGCCAAUGAGGCUCUACAUCACCAGCACCAAGUAGCUGGAAACAGCCUAUUGCCUUUGCUUAAUUCUGGGUCAGAGCCACCUGAUCAGAAACCAGUGCUCCCUAUCCCCUUGGACCAGAAACCACCAGUCAGUGCUGCAGAACUUCUCAAAGACAAUGUCACCAGUGGGACUGUGGGAGGAGGUGGUGGAGGGCCACCAAUUGCUGUGGUCAAAAAGGAGCCUAAAUCAAAAACACCUUUCAUCUGUGGCUACUGCAACAAGGCUUUCCGGGACAGCUACCACUUGCGACGGCAUGAGUCUUGUCACACUGGCAUUAAGAUGGUUUCACGGCCUAAGAAGACACAAACGGCCCCUACCAUGGUGCCGCUUAUAUCUACUGUACCACGUGAAAAUAGUGGAAAUCCUUCAUACAUUACUACUGUAGCUGGUAUCCUGACUACGGCCACAACGUCAACAUCCACAGGCACUAGCAUCAUGACCCCAAUGCAACACCAACAGCAGCAAACCAUCCCUAAGAAGCCCCCCAAGCCGGUGAAAAAGAAUCAUGGCUGUGACAUGUGUGGUAAGGCCUUCAGAGAUGUAUACCACCUUAAUCGCCACAAGCUGUCACACUCUGACGAGAAGCCGUUUGAGUGUCCCAUCUGCCAGCAGAGGUUCAAGAGGAAGGAUCGCAUGACAUACCAUGUCCGCUCCCAUGAUGGUGGAGUUCAUAAGCCUUACAUCUGCUCUGUCUGUGGGAAGGGCUUCUCCAGACCUGAUCACCUAAGCUGUCAUGUCAAGCAUGUCCAUUCCUCAGAGAGGCCUUUUAAGUGCCAAGUUACGGCCUGUACCUCCGCCUUUGCUACCAAAGACCGUUUGCGCUCCCACAUGAUCAGGCAUGAAGGCAAAGUGACCUGCAACAUCUGUGGCAAAAUGCUAAGUGCUGCCUACAUUACAAGUCAUCUCAAGACACAUGGCCAGGCCAACUUCAACAACCCAUGUAACAAUAAAGGCAUAAGUGACUGGCAGUGGAACCACUCAGGGCCACGAAAAGGUGAGUUGACGGUAGGAGAGAUUUUAAAUAACUCCUUCCAAGUCCUAAUUGACAACUCUCACAAAGAUACCAACAACGUGCACAACAACUCGGCCACUACGACACCAGUAACCAACUCCGCAGCCAUCACCUCGGCUAUGAACCGUGGUGGCAAUGCCAGCAAUCCUGUCACCAUCGCUGCUCAGAUGAACAUUGCCACCAGCACAGUCAACAUUACAUCACCAGUAAACCUGCAGCACCCUGUCACCAUCACCGGCCCUGUCAACCUGGCCUCUGUCAACAUCCCUACAACGGCGCACAUGAAUAUCGCCCACCCAGUAGCUAUCACCACUCCCAUGCCUAUGAAUAUCACUGGGCCACUCAACAUUGCCAUGAGGCCCAUGGAGAGCAUGCCUUUUCUAUCACAGGUUCUGCCAUCCUCCCCUCCUUGGUAGAGCUUUUUGAGCUGAUGUAACAGCCAGUAAUGUUUUAACUGCCUAAUAACAGCUGGGGCCAUCAAAUCGUAGGAAAUGUCCUUCUAAGUGGGUUGAUAGUGUGUCAUACUUGAAAAAUUGAACUACUUUCAUACAUCCAUAUAGAUAGUCAUCAACGAAUGUUACUUGCAGGAGUCAUUAUUACAGCCUAAUUGGACAUUUAUGAAUUUUAUUUGUAUUUAUAGUAGAUAAAUGUUUUAAAUACUCCAAAUCAUAAUAGGAAAUUAUUUGUUUUUCUUACAGUUACUCAUUGUGGAGUGGUAGCAUGUACAUAGCAUAUGAGAUAAAGUUUUCUCCCUUCCACAGAAGGGUUCGUGGGAAGAGUGGUCCACUGUAUGGAUGGGCAGUAUCAAUGUACUCUUCUAUCAUAGUAUUUUUUUUAACUUCACGUAUUGUAAUAUAGGAAAUAGAAAGAAAUUUAAUAGAGAACUGUUUUACUGAUUUGGAAUUUCAGUUUUGGCUACUAACCCAGUGAAUUAACUACCUGAAAAGUCUGCCUUUGCCUCCGUCUCCUGGAGGCAGAUGGCUGCCCUCCCUGAGCCUGGUUCUGCUAGAUGUGUCUUCCUGGUAAAGAGUGUUUAUUUUCCCAUUGUCACCAAGUGCUGCUCAAAGAGAAUCAUUUGAUUUGUUGGGUUUCUCUCUACAAUAUAAUAUUGUAAGGUUUUGACCUUGCAAUGUGAAUUACCCUGAGAUUACUUGAAUUUAUGCUAUAUAAAUAAAAUUGAAUCGAAAUAACAAAGGUACUUCAUCGUAUUGAGCAAAAAACCUGUAAUUUCAGUAAUACUUAGUUUCCUACUGGUCUUCAAUUGAAAUUGAAAAAAAUCAGAUUCUUACUGAUUGCGUUUCUGAGCACAGAUACAGUGUCCACAUAAGCUGGUUUGACAAACAAAAGAAGAAACCAUGACUUUAAGUAACUAACUUUGUUUAUAGCUAUUAGCCACAUUUCUCAGUCAUGUCAGGAGAUGAGAGUUGCCCAGUGGUGACAGGAACAUGCAUGUUUCCAAAGUCAGGAACAAACUUUUAGGCUUAGAUAAACUCCAGUUUGUUUUUACUUACAGCUUAAAUUAUCAGAGUGAUGUCCAAGGCUGAAGAACAUCUUCUAACUGCUAAUGUGACAUGACUCCACAAUGUGGUAUGGGUGGAAAUUACAAUAAUGAUCAGUUUAAGCCAAAGAUUUUCUAAGUAUUGUGUUGCACCGUGAAUGACUUAUUUUGAAAGAUAAGGGGCAUACAUUUAAACAGCAUUUAGACCAUCAGGGGACUUUUUUAUUAUUAUUAGUGCCUCUGGCCAGACUAAAUUCAGAGUAGAUGCCAACAUGCCUUGAUGUUUGCCUACUUAUGCUCAAAUGUUUCUCAUGAUAUUCUUGAAAUAAUAAUUCUACUUUUUGCGUAGUUUUGAUAUCUGGUAAUGUGCAUAUUAACAUUACAUUGUUUGCAUUACUGUCAAUUCAUCCCAUGAGCAGAUUACAUUAUACUUUCAAACUGAAAAGAAUUUUCUUUCACUUCGUUUAACGUGGUUUAAAAUUAUUGGGCAGUUAUUACAUUUCCAGCUGCUGCAUAUUUACCAUAAUUUUGUUUGUGUGUCUCCCCUGCUUACCUCUUUCACAAACUUGAGGAGUCUGUUUUACUACGACAAAAUUCACAGUGAGCCAAUUCAUUACAGGAUGGUAAAACUUUUGAGGGUCUUUUUUCAAGUCCUUUAAUUUCUAUUUAUUCCCAGAAAGACACUGUUAGUCUGGUAAAAGUGACCAGUUGAAAAUAAUUUUCUCAACUGGGCAUCUAGCUUGAAACAUGAGUGAUGUGUGAUACGUUGCUAUAUUUUAGACAUUGUCUAACCGCUCCUUAAACUGAUUUGUAUUGACAAAGUUGUUCUUAAAUGCUUCCUUUUAGGCAAUGUUUGUUCUUUUUUUUCCUAUCGUUAUUUUAGUGGACUUAUCAGUAUUUAAUAGUUGAUGUUUUAUAAAGUAAAUUAAACAAAAAAACAAAAACAAAGCUUCCAUUUUGGGGAAGGAUGUGUGAUACUGUGGAUUUAACUGCUGAUGGUUCAGAGGUUGUUUAGAUCAAUCAGCUAUCAACUCCCCCCAUUUCUGUAUUUUAAAGUUGCUGGAAACCAGUCACUCCUCACUGCUGGAUACUCUACACAAGUUUUUCUAUAACAUCAGUUUGGGAAUUUUUGUAUGUAUUUAUAUCAGGACUUGACAGUUGAAGGUACAGCAAAGAGGAAAUAUCUUGUACUGAAAACAUGUCCCAUAGGUUUUGCCCUUAAAAUGGCAGUAUUAUCAAAGGUCAAAUGUCAGAAUUUUGAUUACUGCAGACUUUUUAACUGUAGAGGUCAAGAAAACUAUUGAGUAGUUGAUUAGACUCUGCUACAAGAGGAGUCAUCAAAAGUAACAUUUGCUAUGUGUUCAGUUGGUUAGAUGGUUUACUUUAGCAGGUAUAGGAUUCCAUCACUGUCAGUCAAACUCAGGAAGGUUACUGAGAAUAGUCUUUUAAAGCGAUAUUCAUCAUUUGACACACUGACCAUUUUUUGUAAAUAUUAAACACUAUUUUAUUGCCUUUAUCUGUAGGAGAGGAACCCUCCCUGCUUACUACAGGCUAGCAAUGCAAGAAUUAUAUCACCACUGAUGUGGCCGUCCAUCCUGAAGACAACAGAGAAAUAAGCAGAGAUGAAAACAUAAGACUGGUGUCUCUCUUUAUCGUCAACAAAGGUCAAAAACAACAAUUACUCCUCCUAACAAAUAUCCUCUGUGUUGCUUCAGCUAGAUAUAGCUUCAUACAUUAAGGAGCCAUUAUACUGAAUUUGCUGACGUAAAUUUUAACUUGAGAUAAAUACUAUGUGUAGUUUAUUUAACUCAGAUUGUCAAAUGAAGAAUGCAGUGAAAACUUAUCAUUUGCAUGUCAUCUGCAACACAUGGUGCUCCUCACCAGAGACUAAACAUGAAUCUGCUCAGUUUUUUCUAAUAUGCACUUCUCAGGUUAUUCUUACUGAAGGAACAUACCACCCAGUGCAGCAAGCAAGGAGGCUCUUUUCAUUAGUUCUGUGGUACAGUGUUAGCAAUAUCAAACUGCAGCUUCACAGACCAUACCUGUCAGCAGGAAAAGCUUGUUGUGGCUUGGCUUGAUAGUUUCUUCAGGGAAAUUAUUAGUUAGUGUAAAGAGACAAAUAAACUCCAGCCUUAUUCUUUUUUUAAUCUGAAUUUUCUCUGUAGGUCUCACUUGCAUAGCGUGGAGUGUUGUUUAUUUUUAAUUACUUGUUUGUUUUUUUUGUUUGUUUGUUUUAUCCUAGCAGUUUACCUUUAUUGGAAGAUUGAGGCUGUGGCCACAAAAGAGACUUCAUUUUCCCACUCAAAGCCCAGGUGUAGUUGAAUGAGCAGGAUGUCUUAAGAUGGGAGCAGCAUUGUUAACAACUCACAGCUAUGUUCACCCACUAUUUGGCUCUUAGAAACUGGAACCCCACCCUUCCCUUUUUAAGGCUAUUUCUAGACGUUUUGCUACAUAAAAUACUGUUUUCACUAAUUCCAUUAUAAUUGAUGCUUCCAAAUGAUGUAACCACAUCUUUCAUUCAUCAAGGACAGGGUAAAAAGUUGCAGCAAAAGAAUAUCUUAUAACAGCUUUACCUGUAAGGGCUACAAUGUGGCUGAAGUGUAGAUUGUUUCAGUGUGCACACAUUCAGAACAUAUUUGCAGAGCACAUUAGGUAGAGAAUCCUGCCUGAACAGGUUGACAACAUGCACCUGUCACAACCAAGCCAAUGGACAGUGAGUGGUGCCAACAAGUUUUUGUGAUCUCAGCCUCAACAGUUCCUGCACCAGGCUUACAUACUGUCCCACAAUUUCUCACUGUGUGUCUUGAAAAGGAUAAGUGAAUUUUUUUUGUAGAUAGAAAGCCUGUUUGUGGUUCAUACCCCUUUUCAGUACAGGAACUCUGAAGCACUUGCAGUAAACUGUAGGAUAUGCACACUACAGAAGAAUGGUACUUACAGGGCAUUUCAGCUGGGUGGAAGGAGACAGUGAUUGCGGUUUGCUUUAUAGUACACCACCUACAUAUGUGUUUUUGGCAUCCCAGAUGUUUGGCCCAUUAAUUUCAUUGUAUUCAUGCCAUCAGUGUCCACCAAAAGAAAUGCUCCAAUGUGGAAUGGCAUUAUUUGUGGGAAAUCAUUUUCCAUCUUUCUUUUCAACUUUUUCCAAUGUUGCAUGUGGAUGACUGUGCUUGUCCAGUGUAGGUUUAAGUUCAACCACCAUUAUUAGAAGGCUAGAGACUUUUUAUGAAAACAAAACACUAAAAAAAAAAUUAGGAUGACAGGAAGCAUGUGGUGUCAUUUGUCCUUGUCUAGUGGCCGUAAACAAGUGUGCCUCAAAUACUUUGCAAGACUUUUCCACACGUUGAUGCUUCCUCCACUAGAUGUGCUGUGUGAUGGAAUGGUUUUGUGAAGGAAGCCUUCAUCAGUUCAGACGGCCAAGGGCCCCACAUGUCUGGCAACCAAACUAUGUUAUUAGCUUUAUUUUUUUUAAAGCUAAUGAUUGUGAAUUUAUCAUUCUUUACUUCAGGAGCAACCUAGAAACACAAAUUUGUUUGAUUUUACAUUGAGCAAGGUCUUGUAAAUGUGUCAGUGGCUUAUGAUUAUAUGGUUUCACUUAAUUUGACCCCAACCUAAUGUGAAAACCAUUUGUUUGGCCAAAUAAUGAUGUGGAAGAUUUUUAUUUUUUAUUUUCUGUGAAGUUUGUAUGAUGAACUUGGCAGAUGUGAAGGCAAAUGAAUGUAUAUCUUUGUACAAACCAUUUAGUUCAGAGGACAUGUUAGUUACGACAGACACAUGCGAGAAAAAAACAUAACCUUUUAUAAAUCUUUUUGUAUUAGAACAUUAACAAUGGUAAUUUUUGUAUAUAUGAAGGUUAGGCUUUCUGAUUAGCAGAAAGGUAAAACAUUCCUACAUUUUUUUUAAAUGUAUGUCCAUUGAGAAUAAUUAUGUAAGCAUAUGCGCAAUGUUUUAUGUGCCUUUUAUUUGGGUUUGUCUAAAUAAAAGAAAACAAUAAAACAUGAUUGUGGACUGUCCAUGCUGAGUCCCACAGAGGAAAGUCAAUACUGUCCAUCUCAGCUGAAUCUCUGGACUGACUCGCCUGCUCAUGAGACGCUCCCCUAGAUCAGGAGAGAUGUACUCCUUUCUGGUUUUAGUUGUUUUCCUUAGCUUUAGUUGAGGUUUUCUGUGAGGCUGAGAUGGUUGCUAAGUCCCCGGUCUGUUUGGAUGCUUCCUCAGUGUCUUCACUGGCUCACUGGCUCACAGUUGGCCUGCUCACAAUGUAAGUGCCUCUGUGACUUUACUUAUCGGAGUGGAUUGUGGGGGAUUUUGUGCCAAAUCAUAGUCUGUAUGUGAGGACAAAACAUUUUGGUGUUUUUUGUUUUUUUCAUUCUUUAACUAUUAAACUUGGAAAAUGUGA